CUGUCGUAAAAAACCCGCUGCCGUAAAACAAUCACAUGGCGACAACAUGGCGACGUCGGUUUGCUGCAGAUCAGUGUAGUUUUUGUGUCGUUGUUUCCUGCGCAGUGAGAGACUGUUGACAUUUGUCCACUUUGUCCCGCGUUGUGGUUUGUAGAGAAAGCAACAGAGUGAAUGUUGCGGUGAAGACAGAAGAGUUUAGUCCUGUUGUUGUCGGACUGACAGAGACACACUGGUUGUGGGAGCACAGGUGCAGUGUGUGUGUGUGUGUCUCUGUGUGUGUCUGUCUGCAUCAUGUUCGUGCUGGUGGAGAUGAUCGACACGGUCAGGAUCCCUCCCUGGAACUUCCAGCGACAACUGAACGAGGCCAUCAACGAGGAGCUCAACAAGAAACUGGCCAACAAGGUCGUCUACAGCGUCGGCCUCUGCGUCUGCUUGUUCGACGUCACUAAGCUGGAUGAUUCCUAUAUCUUCCCCGGAGACGGAGCCUCACACACCAAAGUCCAUUUCAGGUACGUCGUUUUUCACCCUUUCCUCGAUGAGAUCCUGGUCGGCAAGAUCAAGUACUGCAGUCAGGAGGGAGUUCACGUGACGAUGGGCUUCUUCGACGACAUCCUCAUUCCACCAGAGUCACUCCAGCAGCCGGCGAAGUUCGAUGAAGCUGAGCAAGUUUGGCUUUGGGAGUACGAGACGGACGAGGGGGCCCAUGACCUCUACAUGGACCAGGGAGAGGAGAUCCGCUUUCGUGUGACGGAUGAAAUCUUCGUGGACACAUCGCCGACGGGCCCGUCGUCAGCAGAGCCGGAAUGCCCGCCUCAACCGGGAGAGGCACCUCCGGCAGAAGAGGUGGUGAAGAAAGAUGCACCGUACACUCUGAUUGGAACCAUCUGUGAGCCGGGCCUGGGCCUCCUGUCGUGGUGGAACAAUUAGCCCGGCAGAGGAAGGAGAGGACACCUGGUGUGUGUUUGGAAAAAUGGACUCAUCUGAGAGACAAGGGACGUUCAGCUGGAGACACAGAACUCUGUCUGUCAAGAGACAUGAAGUGGAGGUGCUCUGAGCCGAGACGCACCUGCACCGUGACCGUCACACUGAGACUGUUUAGUAAAUACUGAGCUUCACGUUUACUUGUGAAACUGUUCAGUUGGUAUAAUUCACAUGAGGUUUUUACCCUGAAGUCAAAAGAAAGCAGGAAGUGAGUUAAUAAUGAUGACACGAUGAACUUAAAUGUGACCAACAUGCACAGAUCACAAAAUCUCACUGUUUUAGCUCAGUAGAUUUUGCUCAAUACUCAGUGUCAACUCUGCUACGGACACGUCUGGUGUCCACACUCUGGAGUUUUAGAGCCGAUGAGCUAUUAUUACGGGGAUUAAAGCUGAUAAGGAGCCAAAACGCUUGUGUGGACAGAGAUCGUUACAGUUUGAGUUAAAAAAUGAGAGAAAUGAUGCAGUGACAUGUUUGUUGAUAUGAAAUGAUUUGAUGGUCAGAUGUCUGACGCGUUUGAUUUUCAAAAUCAAGACGACAAGGACACAGCAAUAUGGUUUAUUUUAUGCAAAAUGGGUUUCAUGUUUGGUUCAUCACAUGUUUAACAGCUUUGUAAUAUUUAGCAUUUGUCUAUUUCAUCCCUCAGUAAAGCAGACGUGUCAUCAGCGUGAGUGGAUGUGA